AUGUCUAAAUACGAUAACAUCACCGCUGUGCUCUCGAAAGGAUCUCUCUGGUCGUCGCAGAAUGAACAGGCACGUCUCCCUGUCCUUGCAAUCCUAGAACCAUUCACCUACAUCACCUCAAAUCCUGGCAAAGAGAUACGCGGGAAGCUCAUCGAGGCGUUCAACCUCUGGUUGAAUGUGCCUCCGGACAAGCUCAAGGUCAUAUCGAAGGUUGUCAACAUGCUGCACGCUGCGAGUUUGAUGGUAGAUGACAUCGAGGACGAUUCGCAGCUGCGCAGAGGGAAGCCAGUCGCUCAUCGGAUUUAUGGGAUACCGCAGACUAUCAACACCGCAAACUACGUCUAUUUUCUGGCUUACCAGGAGCUGUUUGCCCUUCGGGACACGGAGUCUGGCACGCCACCGCGCAAGGCUCUUGACGCGCUCGUCACAGAGGAGCUUCUAUCAUUACAUCGAGGACAAGGACUCGAAAUCCUAUGGCGUGAUUCCCUCCAAUGUCCAUCUGAAGAAGAGUACAUCACCAUGGUCAACAACAAGACAGGAGGUCUGCUGCGCAUCGGAAUCAAGCUUAUGAUGGCCUGCUCAACCACGAACAUUGACGUAGACUACGUCCCACUGGUCAACCUCAUCGGCGUGUUCUUUCAAAUCCGCGACGACCUCAUGAACUUGCAGAGUACUGAGUAUACAUCCAACAAGGGCUUCGCUGAAGAUCUCUCCGAAGGGAAGUUCUCCUUUCCAGUCGUGCAUGGUAUCCAUGCGAAUAAGUCGAAUCGGCAAAUCCUCAACGUUCUUCAAAAACGCCCAACCACCCCUACCCUGAAGAUACAUACAAUCAAUUACCUGAGAACUGAAACGAAAUCCUUCGAUUACACGCUAUCAGUGCUCACAAAUCUCGAGGGUCAGACAAGGGCCGAAAUCGCGAGGUUGGGUGGAAACAGAGGUCUUGAGGCGAUCAUGGAUUUCCUGCAUGUCGAUGAAAGCAAAUUAUGA